AUGAAGGGUCUGCUCGCAUUCGUCGCACUGUUCGUGGCUGUUCUUGCCAAAGACACAUUUGAGGGACAUCAGGUGCUUCGUAUCGUCGCAAAGGAUGUCACCCAGCUGCCUCUGAUCAAGAGCCUGGAGCAGUUUACGGAGUUUGAGCUGGAUUUCUGGAGGGAUGUGAGCAAUGUGGACACUCCUGUGGACAUCAGAGUCCCCGCCCACAGCCUGCAGUCUGUGAAGCUCUACCUGGAGACAUAUGAGAUCGGGUACUCCGUCAUGAUCGAAGACCUGCAGGCGAUGCUGGAUGAGGAGCAGCAGGAGAUGGACUCUGCUGCUCGUUCCGCUGAGUUCUUCAAUACCGACAGCUUCGACUUUUCCAAUUACCACACCAUUGAUGAGGUGAGCAUUCACACUUAUUCUGCCCAAAAACGAAACUCUUCUCUGUCUUUGGUUCAGAUCUACAGCUUCCAGGACCAGCUGGUGGCUGAGAAUCCCAACCUGGUCAGCAAGAUUGUGAUCGGUCAGAGUUACCAGGGACGUGACCUGAAUGUGCUCAAGGUAAGAAGAACUCAGCAGUACCAAAUGAAGAAAAUACUAACUGAGUUCAGCACCGGUGGAAGCAAUCGUCCCGCCAUCUGGAUCGACACCGGCAUCCACUCCAGAGAGUGGGUUACUCAGGCCAGCGGCACCUGGUUCGCCAAGAAGAUUGUGACCGACUAUGGCCGUGACCCCGCUCUCACCGCCAUCCUCAACCAGAUGGACAUCUUCCUGGAGAUCGUGACCAACCCUGAUGGAUUCGUGUACACCCACACAAGCAACCGUAUGUGGCGUAAGACCAGGAAACCCAACCCUGGUUCUAGCUGUGUCGGUGUGGAUCCCAACAGGAACUGGGAUGCUGGUUUUGGAGGCGCUGGUGCCAGCGGCAGUCCCUGCUCUGAGACUUACCGUGGACCCAGCGCUCACUCCGAGUCUGAGGUCAAGUCCAUCGUGGACUUUGUGAAGUCUCACGGCAACCUGAAGGCCUUCAUCUCCAUCCACGCCUACUCUCAGAUGCUCCUGUACCCCUACGGCUACUCCUAUACUCCCGCCAAGGACCAGGCUGAGCUGCACACUCUGGCUGAGAAGGCCAUCACUGACCUGAAGUCCCUGUACGGCACUUCCUACACAUAUGGCAGCAUCAUCGACACCAUCUACCAGGCCAGCGGCAGCACCGUCGACUGGACCUACAACCAGGGCAUCAAGUACUCCUACACCUUCGAGCUGAGAGACACCGGACGCUACGGUUUCGUCCUGCCAGCCAAUCAGAUCAUCCCCACUGCCCAGGAGACGUGGCUGGCCCUGAUGGCCAUCAUGACCCACACCAACAACAACCCAUACUAAAGUGUGUGUGUCGCAGUCCAUGGCGCUGUCGCCUGUGGAGCUCCACCUCCACCACUGAGAUCGUCUUCAUCAUCUUCACCCUCAGUGGCUCGUCACACAUCCUGACCAUCACAGUCAGGCUAAUAAACCAGCAC